AUGUGGCUGUUUCUGGUAAUGGCAUGCUUAAUCUUGCAGACUGAAAAUUCAGAAGGAUCUGUAAGGCAUUUGAAUCCUCAAGAAUUCAUGACAAUUCCUCAAAUUAUCCAGUACUGGGGAUAUUCUAGCGAAGAGUAUGAAGUCCUGACUGAUGAUGGCUUUUAUCUUAAGUUAAACAGAAUUCUUUCUAGAAGACUUUUUCUUCAUCUGACAGGGCCUAAGCCAGUUGUUUUAUUAGUACAUGGUUUGCUGUUUGAAGGGAGAUGUUGGAUUGCAAAUCUUCCCAGCAAUAGUCUGGGAUUUUUUCUAUCAGAUGCUGGAUAUGAUGUCUGGAUAAUAAAUAUCAGAGGGACCACAUGGUCUAGAAGACACCAGAAAUUUUCAAUUGAUCAGCAAGAAUUCUGGGAAUUCAGUUUUCAUGAAAUGGCCAUAUAUGAUAUCCCAGCAACUAUAGCAUUCAUUUUGCAGAAAACAAAGCAAAGUAGUUUAUAUUACUUUGGCCAUGCCCAGGGAGGAACAAUAGGAUUAAUUGCCUUUUCACUUCUGCCCCAACUAGCACAAAAAGUGAAGCUCUUUCUGUGUUUUACUCCUGCUUACACAUUGAGGGGUAUCACAGGGCUUCCCAAAGCACUGGGAAAAAUUCCUCCUGGACUAAGAAAACUAAUAUGGGGCAAGAAACAAUAUUAUCUUUUAAGUAACAGAUUAAAAGCCUUCAUGGCCUAUGGAUGUAGCUAUGCCGUAUUCGAUAAGCUUUGCCUUCAAGUUAUUUUCUUUAUGGGAGGAUAUAAUGCAAAAAACCUAAAUACAAGUCGAGCAGAUGUUUAUGCUGGAAUUUUUCCUGAUUUCACAUCUGUUAAAACAGUAUCUCAUUGGGGACAGGUUAUUUAUUCCAAGGAACUUAAAUAUUUUGAUCAUGGGAAAAAGAACAAAGCCAUUUAUAACAGAACAACACCUCCGUUUUAUAAAAUUGAAGAUGUUACAAUACCAGUAGCGAUGUGGAGUGGAGGAAGAGACAUUAUUGCAACAAAAAAAGAUGUUGAAUUACUGGCUUCUCGAAUCACUCAUUUAGUUUUCUAUAAGAAUAUUCCUUACUGGCAACAUAUGGAUCCUAUCUUGGGCCUAGAUAUUCCACAACAGCUAUAUAACGAUAUACAUAAGCUAAUGCAGAAGUACUAG